AUGCAGGAUCAAGACCUUUGCCAGCAGCGACGUUUUCGUAACGGCGACGAUGUUGGCGAAGCUCAAUCUAGCAGCGUGGCGGAGGACGAGUCGGCAGAGUACCAGCUCCCAGCAAACCGCAAUGGGCGCUCCACAGCCGCGCAAGAUCAGGCAAGUCAACAGGUUCGCUUAAGGCAGCGGAAUGCCCAACAGACACUAUUGGACAAGGAUGUGUUCUCUGCGUUCCUCGACGCGGGCUUGCGCUGCAGCAUGUGUCCCAAGCCUAUUCGCCUGGCGACAGGUCUCAAGUGCUUGAUCGGUCAGGACAGUUAUUAUCUCUGCGAUCUUGCGCCUGCUACGUUUGCAUUAAACUACGUUCGAAGGUUGCAGGAGCAAGCCCUGCUGAUUCCAGGCAUAUCCAGACUGUUAGAGACAUUUAUCAACGCUGCGCCAUCGUCAAAACCAGGCUGCGACUCCGGUCGCUUGGGACCUGACGGCAACAGAGGGGAAAGAAAAUCGCAACAAGGGCUCCAGACACACCUGUGGGAUCUCCUCCGAAAUGGGGUACGAAAUCAGGACUCUGCUCGCAGGCUGAGUCCCAUGAAGUCUUCAGAAGGUGUCAGGCUACCUAAUUCCAUGUUGGGUCUUCCCCAUGCUUUUAGCCCGUCAUGGCACAUUGGCUCUAGGGAUGAAGCUUUCCUACAAUCCGACGACUUUGGGUCGUGCAGAGCCACGAGUGAAGAUGACCUAUUCGGUCUCCGCCUCGACCUUGAUUGCCCGGCUAUUGUCUCCUGCAAUACUGUACCGGUGCUAAUGGCGAAAGCUCUCAAUGACGGUGAGAGGCGGCCCAGCGAUCGCUGCCGCGACGAAAGCGGCGGGCCAAUCAUGGCUGAAAUCUACGGCUGCCCUUUCGAAGGACAGGCAGGCCCAGGUUCCCCACAGCACGAAAGCAGAAAGUACUCGAAAAGCGUGUCACCGAUGAGUGAUGUGUCAAUGCUCCUCCCAUGCGAAAGACCUAUAAAAGAUGGCCGCAUAGUUGGGCAUCCUCAAGCCAUUGGUGGGUCGAGCUGGCUUACUCAGAAUGUCAUCCGCAUGCAUCCGCUGAGGCAGCAACAGCACCAACACGACGAAUUGGGCCAACAAGCUUCGGCUCGGAAAAGGCACAGCUUAUAUGAGGGGCCCAACUUGGAGUGGUGGUCAGAUACGAGCGAUGCAAGCGACCUGCCUCUCGAAGACUCUUAUGAGCAAUAUACAAACUUACACCUUGACAACCCCUGCAUAUCUUCUUUCUGCGCCAGCGAGACAGAAAGGGUGCACGACCAUCUGGAGCUACAAUCCGAUUCUGAAGACGAUCAGUUGAUAGUCAGCACAUCAUCGAUGUCAAGACCCCAGUCCCGAGAAAGUUCGAGCUGCUCUUUGGCGGAAGUAAUUGGGAACGACCAUUUGUUGUGGCAUAUAUGGAAGCGGCGUGCGAGUGUAGCUCCUCGGGGUGAAGAAGAUAUCUCCGAUAUGAAGACAUUAUUCGCGACGGACCCAGACAUGAAGCUAUUCAGUUCGAGAUGGGACUUGGAUCCCAGCGAUAUCAGUUCCGGCAGUAAUGAAGACCCGAUGCUGCAGGAAACCGUAUACAACCGAUCUCCUCGAGACAAGGCGAACUCACCGAUGACACCCAAUUCGGAAAGACGGUCAUACUUUGCGAUUACACGAUCCCCAUCAUCCUCGGGACAUGUUGGGCGAUCGACUGCUGAUCCGAAACGACGGUCAAGUCUUAUCAAACGAUUUACCUGGGGUGGCCGACAGAGUUCGCCUCAGGCAGCAGCGCUGGAAGCGCCAAAGCUCGAGCAGAGGACGAUAGAGGUCAAGAGGAGGAAGACUUUGGAUGAUUAUGAGAUGAUGGACAAAGAGGCCAGUAACGAUGACUCCAGCGACAUGCUCUUCUAG